UCACUGGAGGAAAUCCAAUUGAUUACUUAAAAAACAGUCCCACCCAUUUUAAAGCACACAUAAAAUAGCCUGUUAACAAUAGCCUACACACACAGUUGGGCAGGAGCAGCUAGUCCAUCCCUCUUAGUGAGUGACAGACACUUUCCAUAUAUUUGUCUUGAGGAGGAUAUCACUUGCUUGACUUGCAGAGGUGUAAUAAGUUGAAUUUAAUCUGAGAGCUGUAGGUCUGAACUGUGAAAAAAUAUGGGAAACGAGAAUUCCAAGGGUUCGGAGCUGACCAAGAAUGGGACAAUUCCAGAGAAACAUGAAAAUGGAUCAGUGAAUGGCCUUUCUGCAACCAUCAUAUCUAAUGGAUUGGAGAUUGAGGUUAACAGUGAGACAACAGUCCUUCAAAAUGGCGAACCCCUCUCUCUAAACCUUUCCACAGAUUCAGUUGAGCCUGAUUUUGUGGUAGUCGAAUCUGACGCUCAACCGGCUGAGGCCCAAAUUGUUAAUGAAAUCCCUGAACCCACCAUCCAGAAGGAAGAGGUCAAGAAAAGUAAACGAGAAAAAGGUCGUCUUUUUGGCAAAAUGUUCAAAAAGAAAGCAGAGCCUCCAGCUGAUGUCGAGAGUGUUCAGGAAAAAGAGACGUCAAAAGACGAUCAAACGGAUAGUCCUGAAAAUCCUCCUGCUGUUGACCCACAGCCGGAGUUGAACUCAAGUGGAGAAGAAACUACCACCAAGAUCAUCAUUGAGCACCAAGAGGAGGCUGGACACCCACAUCAAAGAGCUGAAACAUCCACACAAACGGACAGAAAAACUGAAGCUGAUAUUUCAACACAAACUGGUGAUGAUGAUGAUACAACUGUUAAUUCUGAGGGCCCAGUGGAAGUGGUAGUCAUAACAGAGUCAACAAAAACUGAAGAAGAUUUAUUGGAUGAAUCUGCCAUUACAAUUGCUGAGGAGGCUAUUGAAGAGACUGCAAAUACAGAGCGGUCAGACAAUCAGACAGCUGAGAUCAUCAUUGAGGAAGUGGUCGUCACGGAGAACAAUGUGUAUGAGAAUAUAAUGUUCAGAGCGGAGCGGGUGGAAGUUACAGACAAUUUUGAAAUGAGCCACUGCAAUCCUGAGGAAGAGAGUAUUAAUGGACCAGAGGACAAAAUACUUGUAGAGGAAAAUAAGAGCGAAGAAACUGUGCCACUGGAGGUCUCUUCCAGCCUUCCUAAAGUGGUGGCAGAUUGUAUUGAGGCAGUUUUCGCUGCUGUUUCUGAAUCCACUGAUUACACUGCUAUAAACACGUCAGAGCCACAGCCAGAGCCACAGCCAGGAGUAGAUGAAGUAAUUACUGAGGACAAUGGUGAAGGAGCUGGAGACAUGUCAGCUGAUGUGGUGCUGAUUGAAACCACUGAACCUGAGCAUAAUGUUGUCACUCCCGAGGCUGGGGAAGAAAAUGGUGUUCCCCCCCUAGAUGAAGAGUCAGUGACAACGGUGAUGGAAACAAUCUCUGAAGCUGCUCAUGAGGAGACAGAUCCUACACCUGCAAACCACAACACAUCUGUGGAAGAACCUCCUGGCCUUCUUGAGACAGAGAUUGUAAUUAUGGAGGGAUCUGCCCAUGAAGAGGUCACCUCUGAUGAUGCUGUUGUAGUUGGUGAUGUACCAGAAAUGAGUGAUCAAGACAAACUCAGCCCUGCAACUGACAAAGAGCCAGAAACAGCUGACAAAUCAGAACCAAGUCCUGUUAUUAUCAGUGAAGAUGAUGUGAUAGCAGAGGCAGCAAUUGAUGUCCUCUCUCAAGAAUUUGAACCCAAUGCUACCACUCCUCAGGAGCCUGCAGCAGAUAAUGGCAGCCCUGUGGAAGAAGAGGUUAUCACUGUAACAGUUUUUGUGCCCCUCUCUGAGGAACAAGAAAUAAGUCUUACCAUUCCAGAGGAUCCUGUGGAAGAAACAGUUAUCCCAUUCAAAGACCAGACAGCUGAGGAGAUGAAUGAAGAGGCUAUUGAGGCUUUAUCAAAUGAACUUGAAACAGUGCCAGUAAGUCUUGAGGAGGCUACCACUAUCCAAGAAUCAUCUACUGAAGAAGUCAUCAAGGUUGUCAUUUCUGAAGAACCUCUAGAGGAAAGAGACAUGGCAGAGGGAAAAACUGAAGAAUCUGAAGAUGUUUUGGCACAAACUGAAAGCUCUGAGACAUUGGAACAAAUUCCUCUAAUCUCUGAGGAACCUGCAGAAGAAAUUCCAAGCCCUUGUGAUGAAGAUACAACCACUGAAGUAUUGGAGAGCAUAGUAGAAUCAGUUGUUGAAGCUAUUUCAGAAAAGCCUGAAGUCACUGAAAACGUAGUUGAGGAACCUGAAAAUGUGCACGAAGAUGCGCCACCAAUGGAGGCCACAGAAGAGUCUGAGCCUUGUGUUUCCGUCCAAGAGGAACUCAUGGAGGAGAAUGUUUCCCAAACUGAAACUCUUUUGGAGGAUCCUGAUAAAAAUGUUCCACCUGUGGCUGAUGUGGAAGUGUUGGAAUCAAUUGAACCAACUGAUGAAAACCCUGUUGAUUCUGAAGAGCGAGUUGAGGAGAGUGAGCCACAACCAAACUCUGAAGUGCUUAUGUUAAUCCUGAAGACAACUGAAGACAAAGUUACAGAGGAGAUACACCACAAAACAGACAAUUCUGGUGAUGUUUCAGGUGCGACUGAGGAGAACUCUGAGGUUGAAACUUUAGAUGAGCCUGUGGCAGAGUGUGUUGAGGCUGUUCUUGAGAGUACUGUAGAAGAAAUCAUUGGAGAAGAAGCUGAAUGUAACCUUGCGACUUCAGAGGAGGUAAUACCAGAGACCACUGGAGAAGAAGCUGAAUGUAACCUUGCAACCUCAGAGGAGGUAAUACCAGAAAUCAUUGGAGAAGAAGCUGUGGAAGAACCUCCUGCCCUUUUUGAGACAGAGAUUGUAAUUAUGGAGGGAUCUGCCUAUGAAGAACUCACCUCUGAUGAUGCUGUUGUAGUUGGUGAUGUACCAGAAAUGAGUGAUCAAGACAAACUCAGCCCUGCAACUGAAAAAGAGCCAGAAACAGCUGACAAAUCAGAACCAAGUCCUGUUAUUAUCAGUGAAGAUGAUGUGAUAGCAGAGGCAGCAAUUGAUGUCCUCUCUCAAGAAUUUGAACCCAAUGCUACCACUCCUCAGGAGCCUGCAGCAGAUAAUGGCAGCCCUGUGGAAGAAGAGGUUAUCACUGUAACAGUUUUUGUGCCCCUCUCUGAGGAACAAGAAAUAAGUCUUACCAUUCCAGAGGAUCCUGUGGAAGAAACAGUUAUCCCAUUCAAAGACCAGACAGCUGAGGAGAUGAAUGAAGAGGCUAUUGAGGCUUUAUCAAAUGAAGCUUGAAACAGUGCCAGUAAGUCUUGAGGAGGCUACUACUAUCCAAGAGUCAUCUACUGAAGAAGUCAUCGAGGUUGUCAUUUCUGAAGAACCUCUAGAGGAAAGUGACGUGGCAGAGGGAAAAACUGAAGAAUCUGAAGAUGUUUUGGCACAAACUGAAAGCACCGAAACAUCGGAACAAAUUCCUCUAAUCUCUGAGGAACCUGCAGAAGAAAUUCCAAGCCCUUGUGAUGAAGAUACAACCACUGAAGUAUUGGAGAGCAUAGUAGAAUCAGUUGUUGAAGCUAUUUCAGAAAAGCUUGAAGUCACUGAAAACGUAGUUGAGGAACCUGAAAAUGUGCAUGAAGAUGCGCCACCAAUGGAGGCAACAGAAGAGUCUGAGCCUUGUGUUUCCGUCCAAGAGGAACUCAUGGAGGAGAAUGUUUCCCAAACUGAAACUCUUUUGCAGGAUCCUGAUAAAGAUGUUCUACCUGCGGCUGAUGUGGAAGUGUUGGAAUCAAUUGAGCCAACUGAUGCAAACCCUGUUGAUUCUGAAGAGCGAGUUGAGGAGAGUGAGCCACAACCAAACUCUGAAGUGCUUAUGUUAAUCCUGAAGACAACUGAAGACAAAGUUACAGAGGAGAUACACCACAAAACAGACAAUUCUGGUGAUGUUUCAGGUGCGACUGAGGAAAACUCUGACGUUGAAACUUUAGAUGAGCCUGUGGCAGAGUGUGUUGAGGCCGUUCUUGAGAGUAUUGUAGAAGAAAUCAUUGGAGAAGAAGCUGAAUGUAACCAUGCGACUUCAGAGGAGGUAAUAC